AUGGGGGAUGAAAAGAACCAUCAAUAUUGUGACUAUAACAAUAAUAUAGUGACUACUAGUCAUGUACUAGAGACUCAAGUAGAUGCUUGUUGUAUUUGUCAGGACGUUGUGGAUCGAUUAAAGCAAGGACAUUUAUCUGGAUGUAAUCAUUGUUUUCAUUAUCAUUGUAUUGUCACAUGGGCACAAGUGACAAAUCUCUGUCCAUUAUGCAAGACCAAGUUUAAUGCAGUAACUCGAGUGGAUACACAAGGGAUUGAAGUCGCUCGUCAAGUGAUUCAAGACACUAGACAAGUGUAUGAACCAGAACCAUUGGAUCAUACUAUUGAUGCACAAGUAGAGUUGAUGAUGCAUGACAUAGCGUGUGAACUUUGUGGUUCAGGAGACAAUGAACACGUGCUGUUAUUGUGUGAAGCACUGGGCUGUGAAGUUGCAAAUCAUACUUAUUGUAUUGGAUUACAAGCAGUACCAAAUACAUCGUGGUAUUGUGCAAGACAUGCAACGACUCAACAAAGAGCUAGUGAUGUGAUUGAACGACCAGCGAUGACAGUGACUACUCGUCGUCGGACACGAAGAUUAGCGACGUUGAUGUCGAAUGUACUUCGUGGACGUGGUAGAUCGACGACAACAAGGGGGUCUCGUCGACGUGGAUCUCGUGGUUUUGUUGCAGUGGAAGAAGCAGAAGAUCGAAGACCGAUACGAGGAAUUGCUGCAACUUAUACGUUGAGGAUGUCAAGAGAGUUGAUGCAGGUACAGCAGCGGGCUGAUGCUAUGUUUGCACGCGGUGAUUUGACACAGUCCUCGUUGUAUGGCGGAAGUGCGGAUUCUGCUUUGAGUACUGCUCGACAAGGAACGCGAUCAAUAGUAGCGACAUCGGGACCGUCACCGAUGGAUCAGAUGUGGAACGACCAAAGUCGAAGUCGACAAGAACUUGCGGCGGCAGCAAUUGCAGCGCAUGGUCAUGGCUUACUUAGUAAUGCUGACAGUAGUACGCGGUCAAGUCAACGUGCCAAUCGUGUAUCGAAUACAUUUGCUCCAGAAUACUGUGCUCUUGCCAAGUUGAUGCAGGAUGCGGUCAGUAGUGAUAAUUACGCAUCAUCGGUGGCGCUGUUGAUACCGAAGACGGCGAAGCUGAGGUUAGUAUCACGUGUUAAGACCUUUUUUGGUCGACUCAACGCAAAGGAAAAGGCUGCUGCAGUCGAAUUGGGCUGCUUGUCAGUUCUGCAUCAGUGGAUUCAGCAGGAUAGAGGCAAUAGUGUAUCCCUCCCCAAUUCACAGGUACUUGAUGCGGUACUAUCUAUUUUUGAGACGUUGCCUUUGCGAAAGGAAGAUCUUGUGGAGGAAGAGGGGUUACAAGUCACGAUAGACAGGCUGUUAGAACUUUCGGAAGUUAGCAUCGAAACACGUCAGCGGAUGAUUGAACUGAGUGAAAAAUGGUGCGAGUUGAAUCCUCCAGCACCACGCGAGCCUCCACGACCUCAAGUAAGCCAACCUGUAUUGUCACCUGUCAAUGUGGCGCAGGAGUUACCUGUCAUAACUGCAUUUCCCUCUAUAACGCGGCCACCACGGUCAAAAGGCAAACGGAAGCGACAGCGCGAUGUGUGGUCCGAUGCUGUUGUCGAGUACGUGAAGGCUAAGCUGUACCCGCUCUAUAAAGAGAACAAUGGCACUGGCAACUUGACACGCGAACGAUUUAAGUCGAUUGUAAAGGAAGUGGCAGCUUUGUUUGCUCAAGAAACAUCGUCUAUGCAGUCUGCAGUGCUUCUUCCUUCUGGAGAGUUGUCCAAUCUUGCAAAAUCACGUGUCAAGAAACUUAUCGACAGAGUAUACAAGGAGUCGUCAACCUGCGGAACGUUUGCUGUCAAGUCGACUGCUUCCGGAUCUUUGCUAAUGGGACCAGUCGCUGCUGCAUCAACGUACUCUGCAGUACCGACUUUGAAGCAUCAGCACCGAAUAUAA